GUGUGUGUUGGUGUGUGGGGACAACGGUGAUGCACCAUAUAAAUGUGCGUGUGGGCUGGUGUGUGUGGACAACGGCAGGACAAUGGUGAUGCAGGUGAAGCACCAUAUUUUUUAUGCGCAGUGCUCCCUACCAGGCUGCAGAAAUCAGACGUCGUCUUCCUCUUCUAACCACCACCACCAUAUUUGCUCUCGCCAGGAACAAUCUUUGCCCACUCGCCAACGCCUGCUCGAAAUGAGGCAGAAAACCGGAACUGGAGCCGCACCUAAGAGAUUCCGAUGCCCCGUGGGCAGUUGCUCUUCGAAGGAUGGCCAGGCCAAGCUGUUUUCGUCGCAGAAGCUCCUUAACCAGCACUUUUUCAAGGUUCAUGCUGAAAAGAAGUAUUCAUGUUCCAAAUGUGGAAAGAAAUUCGGAGCUGACUGGCUGUCUAAACACCAUGAGGCUACUUGCGGAACUUCUUGGCUUUGCUCAUGUGGGGCAAGCUACCAGAACAGGGAAGCCCUUCUAACACACGCAAGGCGACGCUCUCAUGCACUGCCAUUUGAACGGAAACGAGGUGAUGCGUGCAAGCAAAAAACAUCCCAUUCCCAGCCAUUACAAGCAAUUAUCCUCCCAGUGGCUACCCAAGUGAUUCUAGUUAUCCCGGACCCAAAUAAGAAGACUGCUGGUUCAAAGGAUACUCUUGUGCAGAACACUACGAAAGCGCCUUCACAAUGGCGAAGCAUUGUUCCCAAGUCAAAUCAUCUCAGUGACUUGCCUUCCUGUGGACUAGACACAAAUACUAGACGCUUAUCUCUCAGAAAAGUACAUCAAAGUUCCCAAACCACUGUGUCCUGCAGGUGUAAGCGUACAAAGGAUUCAUGCAUUCAAGCUUGCAGUAAUGAUGGUUCUAGGAGGGAUGCAUCAGAGUUUGUUAACCUUCUACCAAAGGCAUGCAAGCGCUCCAGAGCCAUGAAAGCAACUGUGCACACGCAAACCAUCAACUCUGAUGUUCAGCAUAGGAGUUUGCAGCCCUUUCUGUUUAAAGGGGUCAACAAGAAAACUCUUGAGAUCUGCAGCAUUCAAACUCAGACAACUGAAAGUGCUUUUACGGAUAAGGCCCAAAAGGCACACAUGAAGAGUCCCUGCUUGAGGCCAGAGCCAGAUAAAUUGGACAAGGAAAUUGCCACUAGUGAGCUGUUGUGCGAUUUUGACCAGCUAUUGUUCAAUGGUUGUGCAGCUGCUGCCAAGGAGUGGAUGGACUACUUCUCCAGGAGCUCUUCGUCUACGCAAACUCUGGAGCCUGAUGCACUUCUGAAAGACUUGAGUAGGUCUUGCUCACCUUCCGGCUCCCCCAUUUUAGAUGGAUCAAGGCACAAUCUUGGUCAAAUGGAGCUAUCAGAUGUCCCGCUUCAGCAGCAUUGGAGCAUAAUUUCAGAAAAACCAACUAUGAUGCCUGAUUUAGAUUCAAUCUGUGAGUCUGAGGAGACUCGUUGCUUGGAGGACAGCUUACGGGAUGUCAAUCACAUCUUGUCAUCUCACACACAGACAGACAAUCAUUUUGAUAGCCUUCUUAUUGAAAACAUGCAACAAACUGCUGCUCAAACAGAUUUUCCACCUUCUUUGCACACUGAGACGCAAACUAAUGAAGAUCUAUCUUUUGAAGAAGGCACAGAUGUACUGCAUAUGGAAACUCAGACAUCAAAGUUUUUGUUUUGCGACUUUGAGAGUGUUGAUAUUGAGACACAGACACCAUGGAAAAACGUAGAUUUUAAUUUAGAUGACUUCGUGGUCGACUCCAGUUUUAUUGAGAAAAAAGAUGCGGAAUCUCAGAUCGAAUACCAUCAAUUUCUCGCCUCAUGGCUUUGCAUGAAAAUUCCAGAUGGGGAGGGCUUUAAGGACUCCAACAACAUGCACACUCAAACUAGUGGACUAAUUUAGAAACUUCAAUUGCACUCAGUCAGCUGUGAGCUUUGGUGUUUUUUGGGUACCGAGGCUAUAUCUUCUUUGUGGUAGCAGUUCAUUAGGGAAGCAAAGUGAAACAGCAACGGGAAAUGGAAUGAGCAUUUUCCAGACCAUUUAGAACUCUUGAACAAGUCGAGCAUAAGAGGAGAACCUCACACGUGAUGUCUUUUGGCACCGUUUUCCUAGGGCGACAGAAAGUGAGCAGUGUGUCGGGUCGCCCCAUUUUCUGUUUUGCUUACAAACAUCUUCACAGGCCAAGAUAUGAAUUGCUAAGAAUUAGUAAGUGAAAAUAAGCCAGCAUUGAGGUUAGCGACUCGCCUGAGUCAGAAUGCUUCGUUUCGCUUUGCUAAGCAGGUUCCGCGCAAUAGCUCUUCAUACCAAGCAAUCGGGAUGCUACCUGCGCGCCGCGAACUUUUCCUAUCCUACCUCUAGCGCUUGCCGUGACAAAACAUUGUAGCGGUACUGGCAACUCUGCUCAUAGGGCUGCCAUGGAUGGCAUUGUUCAUCAUAAUGACAUUCAAAACUUAAUUAUGUGUGCGUUUAUUGAGAUGUCUAAAAAAUUAUUGGAGGGGGUUUAGGAUCCUUCAAAAACAUACAGGGAAAAAACGAAGAAAAAAUGAAAGCAAUUAAGUGUGUGGCUCGAAAGCGAGGUUGUUAAAGUGCACAAAGAGAGAAAGAGUAGAAUUCACUUCAGUAUACAUAUAUAUAUUGCUACUAUACACCAAGCAAUGCUUCUGCUGUUUUUCCAGCUGCUGCCCGUUUUCUCACUGCCUACGAGUUUUCGCCUGCCUGGCUUUCCUCUCCUUCCUGUAACGCAUUGACGUAGGCAGUGGGGGGGGAGGGUCUAAGCACCUGGAUUUUUUAUAUUAUUGUUUUCUAUAUUUAUACAUUACAUGCACACAAGCGCAUACGCAAACAUAUUGUUGCGGAUGUAUUUACUACUUUACAGUAGAAAAAUAG